CGACAAUCUUAAACCCUCGAUAGAACCCUUUCUUCUCCAUCUAUACUCGCCUCAUUUUCUUCACCUUGACCAAUCAAUCAUUUAAUCAAACUCCAUUUCUCAAAUCCAAUAAACCAUCUUUCAAUUACAUGUUCAUUACAAAAAAACCAUAAAGAUGAAAGCUUUAAGAAUCUUUCAAACACUUAGAAGGACCCCACAAAAUACCCAUCUCAAAAAUCCUGUUUUUUUGACUAGAUUUUUUGCUUCACAAACGUUAGAAGAAAACCCAGUUCAAGAUUCUCAAGAAAACAACAAUGUCAGCAGCUAUGGGUUUGAUAGUAGUGAAUAUGAACUGCCCAACAGGAAUUUAGGGUUAGGAUUAAGGCCAGGGUCCAAUGAGGGUGGGACACGUGUCAAGGAAUCAACUUGGGAUGAAAAGUAUAGAAAGAAAGUGAACAAGACUAUUUUUGGUGAAGAAAGUGAGAAAGGUUUGAAAGAAAGGAAGUAUAAGAAAAAGGGUAAGACUAGGAAUGAGAGAAUGAUUGAACAAGAGGAGAAACGGCGACGGAUUCUUUCGCAGACGUUGCUUGAAGCUGCGGUGGCGGAAACGGAUGAGGAAGAGGAGGAGGAUGAGGUUGUGAAAGUUGAAGAUCAGUUGUCGUUGUCGGUUGGGAUUAUUGGUGCUCCUAAUGCUGGGAAAUCUGCACUUACUAAUUUCAUGGUUGGGACGAAAGUCGCUGCAGUUUCACGGAAGACAAACACAACUACGCAUGAAGUACUUGGAGUGAUGACGAAAGGGAAAACUCAAAUUUGUUUCUUUGACACCCCGGGGCUUAUUAUGAGAAGUGGCGGAGUCCCAAAAUCUGACAUUAAAGUUCGAGUUGAAAGUGCUUGGAGUUCGAUGAAUCUUUAUGACAUGCUCAUUGUUAUAUUUGAUGUUCAUAGACAUCUUACCAGGCCUGAUAAGAGAGUGAUUGGACUUAUUAAACAAAUGGGUUCACAAGUCAAUCCGAAACAAAAACGUGUAUUAUGCAUGAAUAAGGUAGAUUUGGUAGAGAAAAAGAAAGAUUUGUUGAAGGUUGCCGACCAGUUCAAAGAUCUCCAAGGAUAUGAAAGGUAUUUCAUGAUAUCUGGACUCAAGGGUUCGGGAGUCAACGAUCUAACUGAAUAUCUAAUGGAACAGGCAGUUCAAAGACCAUGGGAUGAAGAUCCCCUUGUGAUAACCGAAGAUGUCAUGAAAAGCAUAUCUUUAGAAGUUGUCAGGGAAAGAUUACUAGACCAUAUUCAUCAGGAGAUUCCAUAUGAUGUUGAACAUCGAUUAAUAGAUUGGAAGGAAUUACGUGAUGGCUCUAUAAGGAUUGAGCAGCAUUUCAUCACCAACAAACUCAGCCAACGAAAAAUAAUUGUUGGCAAGAAUGGUUCUAAAAUAGGGAGAAUAGGUGUUGAAGCAAAUGAAGAGUUGAGAUCCAUAUUCAAACGAGAUGUCCAUCUGAUCCUUUUGGUCAGACUCAAAUGACAGAAUCCAUAAAAAUCAAUCAUCUAGCUUGCUUUGUUGUUUAUACAAAAUGCUCCUAAGUCCCAAUUAAAGAUUUAAGAACAGAAGACCGAGUUCUUGCUACUAUACUGGAGCUUGUUUUUGGCAUUUAGCACUUCUGCAGGACUGAUUUGACAUCCAAGAUUAGGAAUUGGAUUUAUCUACCUUCACUAAGGAAGAAUACUGUGGUAGUGUGCCACACUACCACCCCUACCAUUAUUUCUUUUUUUUUUCUCCCUUUAGUGGUUACUCGACGUACCAGAAAGGUAUAGUUUGCUGAAUGUAAUUUUAUUUCUAUAUUAAUUCUGAUUUUUUACAAUAGCUAAUAUAUAUAAUGAUCUUUCGAUGGCA